UCCCCACUCACCUCGCUCUUCUCAGAGGUGACACCAACACCCGUGUUAGAGCAUCAGCAGGUAUCCACCGCGUUGUCCCGUCCAGCCUCCACUCAUGUCCAUGGUGUCCUCCUCCUCCUCACCGUUCGUGCAGCAGCAGCAGCUGGCCGCUGGGGUUCCUGCCUUUGUUGGCAAACUUGGGUUUACCUGCCUGUAGACAAGUCUCUCUCGUACCAACAGAACUACCGAUACUUCCACAAACAACUCACCUGACCUGCAACUCAAAGGCUUUUUUUAAGAAAACCACCAAAAAAAAAAUUUUUUUUAAGAAAAAAACGUAUAUAGUAACACAUCUCCUCCAGGCUUCAUUUGGGCAAUGGGGUUAUUUCUUUCAUAUGACUGUGUAAAACCAAGACAGAACUUAGAGGGGAAGCACAUCACCCAGUGUGCCAUGACUGAGGUGUCUCGUUCCUCUCUCAGAAGCACCUUGGGGCUGAGCCAGGGCUAUGGUCUUCAAGGAGUGGGUGGGCAGCCGCUCCCCAGGCUGUGUGGGGUCCUGCUUUUUUCUGCUGAGAAGGUGACGCUUUCCAGUUUCUACCCUAAUCAGCCAUUGCCAGCCACAGCCCUGAGGCCAUGGGUAUUCUAUGGUCUCCUCACCUCAUUAAAGCAAAGCAUGAGCCUCCCUAGACAAGGGCAGCUGGGGAAGGGAAGGGACCCGAAGUUUGUGAAGUUGGACAGUCCACGCAUCUGCACAGAGAGGCUGGAUUCCGAGUCCCCGGGCAGCAGGAUCCCAGGAACCUUCCUCCUCCAGAGCAGCACAGGACUCAGCUGCCUCUGGACCGGCCCUGCUCAGGCUACAGUCACUCCAGAAGCUCUGUCCUUCACCGGGAGGCUGGACUGUGGCGGGAGGGGUCCUUGAAGACGGGUGUGGGGAGCAGCAGGGCAGGAAGCAGAGACCAGGAGUUUGACUCACUUCGCUUUAUUUUUCAGGCUACAAUACCAGUCAGAGACAAUGGCUUAUAAAAGGUUUAGUGUGGUCUCAGGAUGUGACUGGUAGUCCAGCCUGACCUUUCUACACACUCCAGACAAACUUCCCAGACAAGCUCCUUUGUGCCUCCACGUGGAGAGGGUGUGGAAAGUUAUCACAUUAAAAGAUGGAGGAUUUGCUCCGUU